AUGGAAUAUAGCCUGUUCUGUCACCACUUUUACGCACUCUCCGUCAGUCCCGUGAAGAAGAAACUCGGGCUCCUCUUCAUCAUGCUGCUCCUCUGGGUCUACAUGCUGUACUCAUGCGUGGGCUACUGUGCCACUAUGCCACCGAGUUUAGUUGUGGACAAUAGUAAUCGAGCGAAGGAGACGGAUUUCCUGGGGAAAUACGCUGAGGCAGAAAGUGGCCGGUCGGACCUGAUGAUGUCCAAGCUCCUGUCCAGACCGCAGAGCUCGUGGACGGACGUAGAGUCAGAUUACGACGAGCCUGCGGUCAGGCGAGCUCUCAGAGACUUCUCUAAAGAUGAAGGGGACGCAGACCGAGCUGAGGAGUGGGACGACGGACGGAGGGUGUCCGCGCUGUCAACUUUCUCCAACGGCUCGGGCAGCAAGAAGCUUCCUCAGGCAAUCAUCAUCGGCGUGAAGAAGGGCGGGACGCGCGCGCUGCUGGAGUUUCUGCGCGUGCAUCCAGAUAUACGCGCGGUCGGAGCGGAGCCGCACUUCUUCGACCGGAAUUAUGAGAACGGACUGGACUGGUACAGGGACCUGAUGCCGAAGACCCUGGAGGGCCAGAUCACCAUGGAGAAAACACCAAGCUACUUUGUCACCCGCGAAGCUCCGUCCAGGAUCUACGCCAUGUCCCGUGACACCAAGCUGAUAGUGGUUGUCCGGGACCCCGUCACAAGAGCCAUCUCUGACUACACGCAAACUCUGUCUAAGAAGCCUGACAUUCCUACUUUUGAGAGCCUGACAUUCAAAAACAGGACUACAGGGUUGAUUGACACGUCGUGGAGCGCCAUUCAGAUCGGCAUCUACGCCAAACACCUGGACAACUGGCUGCAGUUCUUCCCCAUGAGCCAGAUCCUGUUUGUGAGUGGAGAGAGGCUGAUCAGCGACCCGGCUGGAGAACUGGGCCGCGUGCAGGACUUCUUAGGCCUGAAGAGGAUCAUCACAGACAAACACUUCUACUUCAACCAGACCAAGGGCUUCCCUUGUCUCAAAAAGGCAGAGGGCAGCAGCAAACCCCAUUGCCUGGGUAAAACCAAAGGGCGAACCCAUCCAAACAUUGACCCGGAGGUCGUGCAGAGACUUCGAGACUUCUACAGGCCUUUCAACAUGAAGUUCUACCAGAUGACUGGGCAUAACUUUGGUUGGGAUUAA